GGGCCGGGCCAUGGCCCCGCCGGGCCCCGCGGCGCUGCGCUGCGCGCUGCUGUGCGCGCUGCUGUGCGCGCACGGAGCCGCUCCCACCCGCGCAGGAGAGUGUGGCAAGCUGAGGUCCUGCGAGGCGUGCACAGCCAGCAGCCGCCCCCACAACGGCACCGACUGCGUCUGGGCGGGCUGCGGGACCCCCGAGGAGCCAGGAGCGGGGAGCUGCGUGCAGCGAGGCUCAGCAGCGCCGGGGAGCUGCGCCCUCUACAACAGCAGCGCCCUGUGCCGAGCGCUGAAGUCCCACACGGAAGAACCUCCACGAUCCCCCAGCAAGGAGCCAGUGACACACUCCACAAGGACCACCACGAGUGCCCCUCUGACGGGCAGCCCCGAGUUGCACCCGCCCGGCUUCGACACGGCCAGCUUUGUGGGGGGCAUGGUGCUGGUGCUGUGCGUGCAGGCCGUCGCCUUCUUCGUCAUCAAGUUCAUCAAGUCCAAGGACAGCACCUACCAAACGCUGAUCUGAGGUCCCUCCAGGCUGGGGGCGCUGUCCCCCCCCCGGGUGAAGAGGCCCCCGCUGGUGUCCCCCUGCCCCGGCCGGACUGUCCCCCCUGC